CACGUUUUUUCGAUGCCAUUGCAAACAAUACUUCAAGAGAGACUAUCGGGGAUCAAGAUCAUACAACCUAGUACCGUACUCGAUUUUGGGUCGUCAGCCACGUAUAUUGAGCUCUAAUAUCGACUUCAACUACUUCAAUUGUGACAGGGUCAGGGACAAUCAAUCUUUCUACAGUAGGUUUGAAUUUGUUUAGAAACCAUCGAAACUAAGACCUGUAAAUUUUUCAUUCCCCCUUUUCAUUUCCUCCCUCGUCUCACUCUGGUGUUUCCCUCAGUUGUAGUUUCGAUCCUCAGUUUCAGAGAGACGUUAGAAUUAGAAAGCUGAUCGCAUGCAGCUCUCUCCCCAGUCACCAUUAUGAUUUUUGACACGAGUAAGUAAGCACGAAACGCAGCGCAAUAAAGAAUCUAGUGCGUUAACUAAAUAUACUUUUGCUAGUUUCAGUACUGCACCAUAAACAAGCUGAGUCAAGAAAAGAUCCAGAAAGACGACGUCUUGGACCCUCUAGUAAACGAUAUUUAAGUUUUGAAAGAAGGUAGAAAAUUUUACCCUUAGUGUGGGUGUAGCGAGACUCGCUCGCUCCGCAGGCGAACACUAGGUAAAGCACUUUCAUUUUGUCGCAUCUGAUGUUCUGACUUUGUGGGUCUUCAACUUCAUCGAAGAUUGUGUUUUCUGUUGGUCCUUUCUAGUAGUAGAACCGGCGGCUUGGAAAAUAGAAAAGCUAACUCCGCUAAAAGCGUGCGCUGUUUUAGUGUUAGGUUGUACCGUCCAGCACGAUAAUUUAUAGGAGGGCGUGCCUGUUGGUUCCUGUUGUAGUCGUAGAGACCGCAGAAUAUUAAAAAACUGUCAUUUCUUAGUCUUACAGAUUUUUUAGAAUUUUCCAGUACUUCUCAUAUGUUCGCGAGACAAAACCUCAACCCGGUAUCGGCUGCUUGAUAAUUUUGUCGAACGGUAACUGGCAUGAAUAAACAUUUGUAACACCCCCGCCUAUUGAACAACACGAACACAUGUUGAAGAACUCAUAAUCAACAAGUAGAGCGGUUAUAGUAGUGUAAAAAGAAUCGAACUCGAUAGACUACCAUACAGAUAGAGAUACAGAAAAGCGAGCUCGAUGAAGAUUUCGUGACAGUUUUUUGGUAUACUAAGAACGCAAGAACCUAAGAGUGGUGCCACAUCACACUGCAACCGAGGGUUCUUUUUGAAUACUACAACGAACCAAGCAAAAAUAAAAAUACCAUGUCGGGCGGUGAGAUAACGAACGAGGAUGUGGACAACUACACCACACAACUGCUGGAGGCCAGGGGGGCGAAGCCGGGGAAGUUGAUCCAGUUGAUGGAAGGCGAGGUGCGAAAACUGUGCAACGCAACAAGAAUGAUCGUAUUGUCACAACCCGCGCUGUUGGAACUCGAGGCCCCGCUGAAGAUCUGCGGAGACAUACACGGGCAGUACCACGACCUGCUGCGGUUGUUCGAGUACGGCGGCUUCCCUCCAGAAUCAAACUACCUCUUCCUCGGCGACUAUGUCGACCGCGGCAAACAGUCACUAGAAACCAUCUGCCUCCUCAUGUGCUACAAGGUACUAUAGGUCAAGACUUGUCAUGGGGCAUUUUGGUUUUGCAUGAUUCAUGAUUUCUCUGAUGUAUGCCCUAGCAUCAAAGAUUUUCAGCGGGCUUCUUGAUGCCUAUCUAUGUAUAGGUCUCUACUUGAUCAUGUUCAUGUCGACCAGGAGGACGCUCUAUUUCAACAAGAUGAAAAACACGAGAGCGACCUGGUGCUAAGGAAUCAAAUUUAAAUUGUGUAACGAAAAAUUUAGGUAAAAUAUCCGGAGAACUUUUUUCUGCUCCGAGGGAACCACGAGUGCGCCUCGAUUACAAGGAUUUACGGGUUUUACGACGAGUGCAAGCGACGAUACAACAUCAAGCUGUGGAAGACGUUCUGCGACGCCUUCAACUGCUUCCCAGUGGCGGCGGUAGUGGACGAGAAGAUUCUCUGCAUGCACGGCGGGUUGUCACCCGAGAUCACCAGCAUGGACCAGAUCAAGCGCAUCGUGAGACCAACCGACGUCCCAGACACCGGGUUGCUCUGCGACCUCCUCUGGGCCGACCCCGAGAAGGACAUCACCGGGUGGGCGGAGAACGACCGAGGAGUCAGCUUUGUCUUCGGCCCCGACGUGGUCCAAUCCUUCUUGAGAAAACACGACAUGGACCUCAUCUGCCGAGCACACCAAGUAGUAGAGGACGGGUAAGAAAAUGAAAAGCUUAUUUCUUGGAAAAAUCUGUUGCGGCACUUUAUUUCUUUGCAAUGCAAGUAAUCCAAUAAAUGUAAAUCGCAUUUGCAAUAUUUUGGUCAGAAAAAACUCAAGUCCUCUUACUUCCGAGGUGCAUGUGUAGUAACAACGUAGAUUGAAGAUAUCUCGAUGCAAAACAUACGAUCAUAAUAAAAUUUCAAUUUUGCACCCCAGGUAUGAAUUUUUUGCGAAGCGACAGCUGAUUACGUUGUUUUCAGCACCGAAUUACUGCGGGGAAUUCGACAAUGCGGGUGCUAUGAUGACGGUAGACGAGACACUGAUGUGUUCCUUCAAGGUCCUGAAGCCGGUGAAAAAUGCCAAGAAAGGCUGA